AAAAAAAAAAAAAAAACGGGUUAACCUCUCCAUCACCGUGGCCAGAGAAAUUUCCCGAUGAAGGAAUUUCAACUGCCUCUACCUGCAUUAAUCUCACUGUUGAUCGUCGUCGGAAGCGGCGCAAUCAGCCAAAUCAAUGCACAUGAUUUCACAAUUGAAGAAGCAACAAUCGAGGAAAUCCAGAGAGCUUUUGCCGAUGAAAGGCUCACAUCGAGAAUGCUAGUCGAUUUCUACUUGAAACAAAUCGAAGCCCUAACUCCGAUGCUUAGGAGUGUGGUGGAGGUGAAUCCGGAGGCGAGGGAUGAGGCGGACGAGGCGGACCGGCGAUGGAGAGAGGCGAAUGUGAACUGGUUGCCGGUCGGAGGCCUCGACGGCGUCCCGGUGCUGGUGAAGGACACUAUAGUGACGAAGGACAAGAUGAAUACGACGGCUGGAUCGUACGCAUUGGUGGGAUCGGUGGUGGCUCGGGACGCCGGCGUUGUUGAGAAGCUGAGAAAAGCUGGGGCAGUGAUUUUGGGGAAAGCGAGUCUCAGCGAGUGGUACUCGUUCCGGGCUUUGGGCGUGCCCAAUGGGUGGUGCGCACGUGCCGGUCAAGGAGUGAAUCCUUAUGUGGCAUCCGGUGAGACCUGCGGGUCAAGUAGUGGCUCUGCCAUUUCUGUUGCUGCUAACAUGGUGGCUGUCUCACUCGGCACUGAAACUCAUGGCUCCAUCCUCUGUCCCUCCGAUCACAACUCCGUCGUAGGAUUCAAACCAACCGUCGGCCUCACUACUCGAGCCGGGGUCAUUCCCAUCAUGUCUCGCCACGACACCGUUGGGCCUAUAGCCAGGACAGUGUCGGAUGCAGUUUAUGUGCUUGAUGCGAUCGUUGGUUUUGAUUCAAGAGAUGCUGAGGCCACAAGCCAAGGCUCCAAGUUUAUACCUCAAGGUGGAUAUAAACAAUUUUUAAAUCCUAAUGGGUCCUCUGGAAAAAGAAUUGGAGUUGUUAGAAACCCAUUUGCUGAUAAGUUCCAUUCAAUGCAAGCUUUUGAAAAUCACCUUCAUACCUUAAGGCAAAAAGGUGCUGUAAUAGUGGAUCAUCUUGAAAUUGCUGACAUAGAUAUAAUUUUGAGUUCCAAAAGGAGUGGUGAACUAACAGUUAUGUUAGCUGAAUUCAAGCUGUUGCUAAAUGAUUAUUUGAAAGAGCUCAUCGGUUCUCCAGUCAGAUCACUCGCAGAUGUUAUUGCCUUCAACAAUAAGCACGCUGAAUUGGAGAAAAUCAAAGAAUAUGGACAAGCCACUUUCAUUCAAUCAAAGAAAACAAAUGGGUUUGGGAAGAAAGAAAAGAAGGCAAUUGAAACGAUGGCGAAUCUAUCCCGAAAUGGAUUCGAGAAGUUAAUGAGAGAAAAUGAGCUGGACGCGAUCGUUACACUGGGAUCUGGCUGCGUUUCGGUGCUGGCGAUCGGAGGAUACCCUGGAAUUACCGUCCCUGCAGGAUAUGGUAAAGACGAUGGUCUGCCAUUUGGGAUUUGUUUUGGAGGCUUGAAGGGCACAGAGCCAAAGCUGAUUGAGAUUGCUUAUGCUUUUGAGCAAGCCACUAUGAUGCGAAGGCCUCCAUUUCAUAAUUCAAUGGAUUAUCAAAUUUCACAUAGCGGCUUUUGAGGAUCUUUUAGUUUGUUUUGUAAGAUAGUU